CAACUAACGACCUCCCAAGCGAAUUCCUAGUCCCUCAGAAAGCCAACGCUGCUCGAACAGAUAGGUGAACAUCCCCGAGAGCCGAAAUGAGUAUUGAGUCUGCUUCAGUCUUGCGAGCUGCCGUCCUGCUGCUAGCUGCUGUAACUUUGGGCUAUGCCACUGACCGGCCAAAAUUUCUCGUCGAGGGACGAUGCCCCAUCGUAGAUAUCCCGACUGGUUUUGACAGCUCUCGAUUUUCUGGAAAUUGGUAUAGAAUCGGAGGUCUCCGGAAUGCUGAGGAAAAGUCCGUUAAUUGUACGAUAUACAAUUACCAACCUACAGGAUCUGGCUUCAAUGUGAUUUCCAACGGCGUGCUGAGUGACUUCAGUCCAGUCAGCCAGAGCAGCUCCCUCACUCAGAAGACGCCAGGCCUAGCACAGUUCACCACAACCAUAAGAGGUAAGUUUGAUGCAGAAAUGGUUGUCGUGAGCACAGACUACUCAGAGUAUGCUUGCGUUUUCACGUGCUACAACUUCAGAGAAUCUCAUAAGGCACAGUUCGCUUGGAUCCUCUCUCGCACCACUAGCCUGCCCAAAGAAAAGAUCGCCGAAUGCCAGGUCGCUCUCCGGAAAGUGGGGGUGCCAAUUGCGCAGUUGCGAGGAACUUACCAAGGAACUAAUUGCAGGCACUAACAUGUCUCUUCUGAAAGGACUGUGGGAAUAGUAAAGGCAUAUAUAGUUUAAAUUUCAUUCUCAUAAUGUAAGUAUGAAAACAACGGGUCAACAUGCAAAGCCCAAGAAAGUGGAGUGAUUGUAGAGUUCUAUUCAUUAAUAAAUAAAGAAACAAAGA